GCACAACUGCCUAUAAGUACGGAACCGAGGGCGUGACUGACUAUAAUUUCGCUCUCCGUGACAAGCAUAUAAGAAAUAAGGCACGCGAAUUUCUUAUUGAGCAAGGCAAAUCUCAAGCAUUAGACCGUUUGAUAAAUUCUCGGAAACGGCAACAUG